AUGCAUCAAGAUAUUUCUUGGACUUUCAACAUUCCAGAAUCAUUUGUGCUUUUAGCAGUGUCAGAUGACAAGUAUUGGACAUUGUUCUUUGAUAUUGUAAAAAUUGGCAAGGAGCUCGACAAGACAAUCCAUUUCACCAGGGAUUUCCGCUUUAUUUACUGA